GGUUCCAUGUUCCCCUGCCCGGAAGGCAGGAGUUAACGACUCGCAGGUGUGAGAGUCCAAUUCAUGGACGGCCAGGUCGCUUCUCCCUGCCCGAUCAUUCCGCGCAGGGCGAGGCUGGUGGCGGGCUUGGGAGCUGCUGCUGCUGCUGUUCCAGUUGCCUGGUGAGGGUACAUCUGCCCUGGACCCUGGCAGCCACCCUGCCUGCCCCCUUCGAGGACUCUGCCCUCUUCAACCCUCCCCGUCCCAAACGUUGGCCUCAUCGGGCAAGGAAGAGCUCGGGACCGCCGUUGCUGCUGCGCUAGAUUUCUGCGUGCAGGGAGCGCGCCUCGAACACCGAACCCUGAUGGGCAGCCUCUUCCCCAGCGCCUCUGUUCAGCCUGUCUGCCCUGGUCCUCGGCGUGAGUGACAGGGCCCAGUCGCCCGCUCCUGGGCUCUCCUCCCACAAGGGCUGUGGGUGGUCCCGCUCCCCCCACCCCGGCGGCCAGUGCCCAAUGGAGGCGGGCAGCAGUGGGGUGGCUGCUCUUUUUCUUGGCUUCCCAAGCUGGCAGCCUCCUCCUCCUCUUCCCCAUCCCGUGGCGAUCCAGAGGGAGGAAGGGAGGCAGAAAGGCAGCAGCCGAGAAGCGCAGCGGGCAGAAGAUUGGGACCUGAGCAAGGUCCCGAAAAUCCGCCGGAAAGCAACCAUGUUCCCCAGACACUUCCAACAGUGGAGUUUCGUGGUCUUCUUGCUGAGUUACUGCCUGCCGUCCUCCGGCCGAUCCCUGGAAGGCCACGGGAACGGACGCCGAUUCAAAAGGACAGUCGCCGAAUACCAACUCCUUCACGACAAAGGGAAGUCGAUGCAAGACACCCGAAGACGUCACUUCCUGCAAAACCUCAUUGAAGGGGUGAACACGGCUGAGAUUCGAGGCGUGUCAGAGGUAUCGCCCAACCCGAAACCGGCCGUGGUUCCUGCCAAAACCUACCCUCUCCGCUUUGGCAUCGAUGACGAAGGCAAAAACCUGACCCAGGAGACCAACAAGACACAACCGUACAAGGAGCAGCCCCUGAAGACCCCUGGAAAGAAGAAAAAAGGAAAACCUGGGAAACGAAAGGAUCAAGAGAAGAAGAAGAGGCGAAUUCGUUCGGCCUGGCUCAGCUUAAAAGGGUCCGGCAGUGGAAUGGACAUCUUGGGUGUCGCACCUAUUAAGACAAGGAGGCGUUGACAUCCUCCGCUAAGAUUUUUUUUUGGAAAACUUAACUCAAGUGUUCUGUAAUUGUGAACAUAUGGAAAGUAUUUAUUAUCUGUAAAUAUUGUAAAUGAUUCAAAAAUAAAACCUUGGCUGCAGAUGUUCUCCAAAGCUGCACAUUUGAACAUUGUGAAUAAUACUGGGAGGGAAAUUUUGUACUUAAGACAAUUCUUGUCACAUUUACCAUAAUUUAUUGUGUUGAAUAAUGUAUUUAUUUCCAUGAACUUUUUAUCUUGGUGCUGCUGACUUUCUAUAUAUAUAUAUUUUUUGUAACAUAAUGCACUUUACAUAUACAUUAUGCCUUAUGUUGGUAAGACAUAAAUAAACUACUCCUGGUUUUUGGAUUGGA